GAUGAUGGGUUGCAGCUGGAAGAGCAUCCGCUCUGUAAAAAUGUGCUGGAUGAGUUGGCGGUUCAUUCCACUGUGGCGAUCUAGGAUUAAUAAAGGGACUAAGCCAAAAAGAAAAUGUAUGAAUAUUUUUCGUGGUCGUGUAUUUAUUUGCAAACCCUAAGGAAAAUCCAACAAGUAAGUACCUCGCAUUGGAACAUGGAUAUAUUUGAUGUCAUUCAGAUAUUGAACAAUUAAGCUAAAAAAUCAAAAUUGAUACUGGAACAAAUAUUCUUAAUGAUGUACAUUGUAAAAUAUACUUGCAAUGCACUGAUAUGAAGGAUUAACUAUUCUUUUCAAUAGCAGCUGUUGAUUAGCCUAGGCCUUAAAAAACAAAUUACUUUCUAUGAUGAUGAAUGAAUCACUAUAUAUUUGUGAAAUACUGACCUGGAACUACCCUAACAUCUGACAAUCUGCCUUGUGCGUCACUCUGUGGGUUACAGUUGGCUUAUCCAGUUGAUCUAAAUGAACAUUCCCUUUGUACAAAAGAACAAUAUGCAUCCAUUAGGCUAUUAAAUUACUGGCUUUUGUUUGACAGCCAAUCAACAGGCAAGGAUUCAGCUGUCAUUUCAGAGGCUGAUGGAUUCAAAAAGCCUUUAUAUAGAGGAUGCAUCUUCUUUCUUUAUGUAGAGGAGCUAGACAUGGAUGGCAGACUCUUAAUUUUAGUAUUUCUGGUUGGUAUCAUCUCACUUACUGAAGGUUUUUCUUGCACAGAGAACCAGCAGUCUUUUGAGGGCUCCUGCUAUGAGUUUGUGACCGUGCGGCUCAGUUUUCUCAGCGCUCAGGCUUGGUGCGAGCAGGACGGCGGACACCUGGCCUUCAUCCAGAAUGAUGAAACCCAGCAGUUUCUACAAAAACACCUGCAGAACGAGCGGGACUGGUGGAUUGGACUUGUGUCUACAUCUGACAAUCGCAUCUUGGACACACAAGAAGAUGGCUCGGUGUGGUUAGAUGGUUCAAAUGUGAUUUACUCAAACUGGUUCAGUGGAUCGAGACUUAGCACGGGUUGUGGAUUCAUCAACACAGACUCCAGAUUUCUCUGGAGUACCAUGAGCAACUGUAGUCAGGAAUUACCCUUCAUUUGUGAGUUUGAAUUGGGUUACUAUCUCUCAUGUAUGGACAGCACUACCCUGCAGUGUGGCUCAGCCCAGGUGAUCGAGGUUGAAGCCAGUUAUUUUGGCAGGAGGACGCCACAUUAUUGCAGGAGAGACAACCUAACCUCUGUGACAGACUCACCGGAGCGUUGCGGCUGGAUCAGUGUGCUGGAUACAGUAGCAGAGCUCUGUGAUGGACACCAGGUUUGCACGGCUGAUGUUUCGUCUUUCGGAGAACCGUGUCCUGCGCUAGGAAGCUACCUGUUGGUGGAAUACAAUUGCAAAGACAAAUCUCCUCAUGUUAUCCUGGAAAGAGCUGUGUAUCCUCUUUUUAUUCCUAAGAGACCUUCCAAAACGCCGGCUGUGAAUUGGAUAUGUUACAGCUCUAACAAUUACCAAGACAGUUUGACAGUCACCUGCUCAAGUUGUGGUGAAACUGAUAAUCAUGAUACAAUCCAACUGCAAUUGCAAAAUGCAGACUGCGAUGACAUUUCAUGGUAUGUGCAAGAUGGCGGUAAAUCAAAGCAAUCCCGCAAAGACAGUUCUAAGAGAAACUGCUUACAAAAACGCAACAAGGUGAUGAAUCCACAAAAAGGAAAUAAUGAAGAUUUUGACAUUAAAGCGAACUCGAUCAGACCUUUAAAGAUGGAUCUCCUCGUGUUGGUGUCUUGCAAAAAAGGGAGCGCAAUUUCAUACGGGACGUUUACAAUUCAAUAUUCCUUAAUAAAGAUGAGCAAAGAUGAGGUGAAGAGCGCCGUCAAAGCCCAGCUGAGUCAAAUCGGCACAUCACUUGACACAGAACAGUUCAAAGAAGACCUUCUGUUACAGAUCUCUUCACUUUUAGAGGACUCUGAACCGCUCCAGCCCUCAGAUGUGCAGUCUUAUGCCAAUGAUUUGGUGAACAUCGUUAAAGACGAAGGGAAAAUGACUGUUGCUGCUCAGGAAUAUGCUGGUCAAAUAUUAAGCGUUCUUGGUAGCUCCCUGACCUCCAUUGAUCUGACUCCGGGUAACAUCUCUGCACUAGCUGACACAGCCGCACUCAUUGUACAGUCUUCUAGUCACCUUCUUGGAGCCUUUGAUAGGGACAAAGAGAGCGACAUCACUAAUUAUCUGCUCAGCGCGGUGGACUCUGUGCACACUUUCCUGCUAGCGAAUAAAACACCUGAUCAGGAGCCUGCGGUCAUCAGCACUACAAAUCUUAACAUCUAUGCCAACAGGCUAUCUCCACAUAACCUUCAGAAAGAGCCUUUCGCAGUUGUAAACAGUUCAGCCAGCUUCAAGCUGCCAAACCUGGGCUCUGAUAUCCUGCCUGUGGGUGAACCAGUGGAUGUAAAGAUGGCACAUUAUAACAUUGAUCCAUGGGCUGAAGGUCAUCCUAUUUCGAGUAUUGUGGCCAGCAUGUCUCUCUCCAAAACAAACGGCUCUGGCAUUCCUGUGGCAAACCUCACUGAGGAGAUUGAGAUCUUUUUACCGAGGUUGAAUGCCUCAACGGUGGACACCUCGGAUGUAGACCUGGGACGCUACAGUACUACAGUCAUCAAUAUAACCACCCCCAAUAUUACCCUGGUCAUCAAGUUCAGUCCGUCGGAAGAUUUAACACUGCUGGUACUUCUGGGUUAUCAGAGUCAACCUACUGAAGGAAACAACAAAGCCACUGUUACUCUUCCACAGCAAGGAAACUCACAAGACGAAAGGUACACAUGGGUUCUGGGUCCUGAUGCCUUGGCCCUAGAUGUUGGGGUUUACAACCUUCUCAUACGACCUAAAGUUCCUCCAGGUGUAAAGUCUAUCAAUGCUUCGGUAACUGUUACAAGUGUUACUGCUCAGUGCAUUUUCUGGGAAGAGGCCAGAGCCAACUGGAGUGACUACGGCUGUAGGGUUGGCCCUAAAACGACUCCAUAUGUUACCCAGUGUCUGUGUACCCAUUUAACCUUUUUCGGGAACAGUUUUUUCGUCAUGCCCAAUACAGUAGAUCCAACCAAGUCUGCUCAGCUUUUUUCCAACUUCGCCCAGAACCCCGUAGUAGUGUGUUUUAUCGGUGCCAUUUUUGUGGCAUUCAUCCUGACAGCGGCGUGGGCUCGUAGGAAGGACCUAAAGGACAAAGCCAAGGUAAAGGUUACUGUGCUAGAUGAUAAUGAUCCUUUUGCUGAGUACUGCUACUUGGUGAAGAUCAGCACUGGGCAUCGGCCGGGAUCUUCCACUUCAUCACGGGUUAUAGUGACUGUUCAGGGCAUGGAGGGAGACUGUGAGCCCCAUCAUCUGACUGACCCGGAGAAGCCUGUGUUUGAAAGAGGAGGAGUGGAUCUGUUUUUACUGACCACCCCUUACUCACUGGGAGACCUGCAGAGCAUCAGACUAUGGCAUGACAACUCCGGAAAUCAUCCUGCUUGGUUUGUCAGCACAGUAGUGAUAAAAGACCUUCAGACUGAGCAGAAGUGGAAUUUCCUCUGCAAUUCGUGGCUGUCUGUUGAUGUGGACGACUGUACUGUUGAAAAGGUGUUUCCUGUAGCUUCAGAGGUGGACAUGAAAGGCUUCAGCAAUGUGUUCUUCUCGAAGACGACGACAGACUUCUGUGACAAGCACCUGUGGUACUCUGUGGUGUGUCGACCGGUCAACAGCAGCUUCACCUGUGUGCAGCGCGUCUCCUGCUGCUUUUCGGUGCUGCUCUGCUCUAUGUUGACCAGCAUCAUGUUUUACGGGAUUCCCACUGACCCCUCAGAGCAGACCAUGGACAUGGGUCAGAUUCAGCUGACCUGGAGUCAGGUGAUGAUUGGCUUCGAGAGCACCCUGCUUGUGUUUCCAAUAAACUUGAUAAUUGUGGGAAUAUUCAGACGGACGCGUCCACGAAAAAAGACGACAAAGAAAGAAAAGCCACAGAAGAAGUCUGAGCCUCCUCAAACGGACAACGACAUCCAGAAUGAGUUUGAUCAGAACAAUUUAACAGAAGAUUUCCUCAUUAAAGACAUCCAGAGAAUCACGUACCUGUUUGCACAUGCCAUGAGAUGCCCUUUCCCGAAAACUGAGAUGAUCUCUCGUAAAUCAGAUGUCAACACUUUGCUGUCGGAGUUGCAGGCCCUCAUCGAGCAACAGCACUUAAUACACAAAAACAAACCCUCCUCCGUUUUCCCGGCCUACACCUAUCAUCUGACCAAACAACUUAAAAACGUGGAGGGAGAGGUGAAGCUGCUGGGGCCUUCGGGAUUUUCCAGGCCUGGGUGCUUCAUUCAGGUUUUACUGCAGGUGCAGGACAUGUUAAAAAUGCUGGAAAGUCUUGUUUCAUCUCUACCUUUCGCUGAGCAGCAAACCAGCAACUCCAAGCCCAAAAAGCACGGCUGCCAAAAGGAUCCACCCUGGUGGUUUGUGUAUGUGGGUUGGGUUCUGGUCAUAGGCACCAGUGUGAUUUCAGGUUACUUCACGAUGUUGUAUGGACUGAAAUAUGGGAAGGAUCGCUCUGUCAGCUGGAUAAUCUCCAACGUCACAGGCUUCACGCAGAGCCUCUGCUUCACCGAGCCUGUAAAAGUUGUUUUUAUAGGAAUUUUCUUUGCAUUGGUGAUGAAAAAGGUUGAAGCCGAGGAUGAAGAAGUUGAUACUUUACAAAAGAAAACAACCGCUGGCUCAGAUGGUCUCAGUGAAGUGUGUUUUGCUCAGAGAGACUGUACACAGAGCUACUAUCAGCCUCCACCUCCCGGCGAUAUAGAGAAGCUCAGGAGAAACAUGAUCAAACAGCAGAAAGCACAAGCUCUCGUCAUGGAGGUUCUGAUUUUCCUGGGGUUCUUGUCUAUGCUGCUGCUGGUGGCAUAUGGACAGCAAGAUCCAAAUGCAUUCUACCUCACUCAGCACAUCCAGCAGAGCUUCAGCAAAGGCAUUUCAGACAGUAUGAAGACCAAUGAUGUGUUUGUCUGGGCCAACACUGUACUUCUCAAAAACCUCUUUGGACAAUAUCCAGGCUUUAUAACAGAUGGAAACUCCAAACUUGUCGGUAACGCUCGUAUUCGACAAGUGAGGGUGAAGAAAGACACUUGUAAGGUUGCUAAAGUCAUGCUUCACACUGUUUCCCAGUGCAACACUCCUUACUCAUGGGGAAAUGAGGACAUGAUGUCUUACGGUCCUGGCUGGGAAGAGUUUAAUUCUGUGAAUGGCUCUGAGGAGGGAAUCACAGCAUGGCAAUAUCAAAGCCAGUCCACACUCAAAGCACUGCCUGUUUGGGGUUUAACUGCACUGUAUAGAGGAGGAGGGUAUGUUAUGGACCUUGGUCCUGACAAGCAAAAUGCUACCAUGAAGCUUCAGUAUCUGUUUAACUCCACCUGGUUGGAUGAGUACACAAGGGCGGUUUUUGUAGAGUUUACCGUGUACAAUGCUAAUGUCGAUCUCUUCUGCAUUGUCACGCUGAUAUUAGAGAGCAGUGCAGUGGGUGCAUUUCAGUUUCGCAGUGUGUUGCAGAAUGUCAGUCUGUACAGCUCUGUGGGCAGCUUUAUGUCCUUUCUCAUGGCCUCGAGGGUUAUUUACUUCCUCUUCGUUGUCUACUACAUGUUUUUGCAGGGCAAGCUGCUGAAGAGGCAGAAAUGGGCGUAUUUCAGAAACAAGUGGAAUCUGUUAGACAUGGCCAUCAUCAUUUUAAGCUGGAGUUCAUUGUCACUGUUCAUCCAGAAAACCGUACAGGGUAACAUAGACAUCCAAUACUACCAGAAACACAAAAAUCAGUUUCCCAGUUUUCAUGACACCGCUGCCGUGGAUGCUACGCUGAGAUACGUGAUGGCGUUUUUGGUUCUUCUGGGCUGUGUGAAGCUCUGGCAUCUGCUAAGACUCAGUCCUAAACUGUACGUCAUCGCCUCGUCACUGCAGCGCGCCUGGGACGACAUGUCCACCCUCACUGUGGUCAUCUUCAUUAUCCUCCUGGCCUAUUCUCUUGCUUGCAAUCUCAUAUUCGGAUGGGAGCUAUACACAUACAGAACUCUGCCGGACGCUUUUACUGCGAUCUUCAGUUUGCAGAUAGGCAUCUUCAAUUACGAUGAGGUGAUGAAUUCCAACCCUGCUCUUGGCGCUGUCAUCAUUUCCUCUUGCGUCCUCAUCGCUACAUUUGUGGUACUGUCCCUCUUCAUCUCCAUCAUCCUAAUGGCAGUUACUGAGGAACGGGAGAAUCACCAGCCUUCAGAGGAAGAGGAAACCGUGGAACUGGUAAUGAUGAAGAUAAUGAGCUUUUUUGGAAUCAAAAGCAAGAAAAAAGAAGAAACCGAUCAUAAUCCCGGUCAUUGACGUGCUAAUACAAGAAGACUCCAUCAUCUAGUGUCUUAUCCUAAUAUAUUUACUUUGUAAACAUCAAGAAAUUAAAAUGUAUGCAUGAUAUCUGCACAUAUUACCUUUCUUCUAAAAUGCUUAAUGCAGUUUUGUGUAAGCUUUCAUUUCAUUUGUGGGAAAAAUCAAAACUACCAUAUUUAUUAUAAAGCCGAUCUUUUUAUUUCUGAUUUCGCUGAAAACUAGACAUGUUUUGCAGAUGUGCUUUGGUUACUGUACACUUUGCAUGUAGUGAACGAAAUAAAACAGGUUAAGCUGCAUGAGUUUGUUUGACAUUGGUUUUUAUAAUAAUAAUAAAAAAAAAAUCUCAUCAGUGUAAAUACAAGGAUGCGGCUGCAGUUGGACUUUGCUUUAACACCUGUCUUGAUGGUCUAAUAAUGGUGAUUAUAAUGUUGAAUACAUCAACCUUGGUCAAAACAGAAACAUCAACCAUCAGAGGGAGAUCUGAAUGAAUCGCAAAACAGAAAACGAGUCCUUUAUAUCAAAAAGACAGACACAACGGCUGAUUUAGAUAGAUUUUUUGUUUUAAACAAGAGAAGCAAACAAACGCAGACUUCCUCGUUAUUCAGCCAAGUUUGUGUAAGCCCAAGUUCAUGCCAGUUUAUUUCUUAUCCUUUUUGUCUUCUUUCUUGGCUGAAGCGUCCUUUUCCUUGUCUUUGUCCUUGUCUUUAUCCUUCUCAUCCUUCUUUUCUUUCUUGCUGUCGUCUUUCUCCUGGCCUUCCUUCUUCUCAGCGUCGCGGUUGGCGAUUUUGUUAUUGAUGAGAUUGUGGAGCGCCACUACGGAGCGGAUGAGCGAGGCCAGGUAAACCACCAGCAUCUGAUCGUUGGUUUUGAGAUAGAAGGCCUUGACGAACUCCUGCAGGUUGACGUCAGGCAGCAGGUUGAACACGU